AUGUCUAUUUCAGGUGAUAUAUCUAAUGUUUUAACACUAACAAAAACCAUUCCCUCACUUCCUCUCCCAACCAGAUAUAUGAUUAAAAGAGAAAAAUAAUAUUAAUUAGAAACUAUUUCUAAGAAUUCUAAAUGUAAGUUAACUAUUAAGAAGAAAAUCAAACGUAAAAGACUAUUCUAUACAUUAAAACGUUCAGUUGUUAAUCAAAGAAGUAGAAUUCCACUUUCUGAAACCUUUACACCAAAAGAAGAUCGAUUAAUCCUCUCUUCUGUAAUUAAAAUAGGACCUAAAUUCAAAGUCAUAUCCUCAUACCUUCCAUAAAAGACCUUAAGUACUAUCAAAAAUCGUUAUUAUAAGUAUUUAAGAUAUCGUUGGACUUAAAUUCUGGGCAAGUAUUAUUGUUUACAAAUAUAUUAGGGAUUUUGAGAGUUUAAUCAAAGAAAACUAAUAAAUCAUUAGAUAAGAUGAUGAAAUUUUAGAAACAGUAGAACUAUUCCCAGAAGUCAAAGAUAUAUUGAAAAAUAUGAUCUCAAAUAUCAAAUCUGUAAUUUAAUCAUGA